UAUAAAGCCAAAGAUUAAUUAUUACUUGAUAUAAAUGGAAGACAAUAAAGUAUCUAAGCCAAAUCCUUGGCCAUAUAUGAACAUAGGCUCACUGACCAUAUCAUUUUUAACUAAACUGGCAACUGCUGGUAUUAUUUGGAGUUGGGGAUAUCUAAAUUUAAAUAUAGCAUGGUUAAUUGCACCAAUUGCUUUAGUAGCAUGGAAAACAGAACAUAGGAAAGACAACGAAUUAAAAGCAAUUACUGCCCAAGCUAGUGUUAUGGCUAAAGAAAAAGAAUUAAUAAUGAGUCGAUUGGAUGAAUUACCAUCUUGGGUUUACUUUCCUGAUUUUGACAGAGCUGAAUGGCUAAAUAAAGUUUUAUAUAAAGUUUGGCCAAGUAUAAAUCAGUUUGUUCGUGAACUUUGUAAACAAAGCAUAGAACCUGCUAUAGUAGAAAAAUUGGCAGAAUUUAAAGUAAAAGGAUUUCAGUUUGAAAGAUUAGUUUUGGGUCGUAUUCCUUUAAAAAUUUAUGGUAUUAAAGCAUAUGAUAAAAAUACUUCAAGAAAUGAAGUAAUUGUAGAUGCAGAUAUUAUAUAUGCUGGUGAUUGUGAUAUUACAUUUUCGGUUGGAAAUAUAAAGGGUGGUAUUAAGGAUUUUCAGAUUCGUGGAUUAAUGAGAAUAGUUAUGAAGCCACUGUUACCAGCAAUGCCUAUAGUUGGAGGUGUUCAAGCAUUUUUCUUAAAUCCACCAGCUAUUAAUUUCAAUUUAGUUGGAGUUGCAGAUGUUCUUGAUUUACCUGGAUUUAAUGAGAUUUUAAGGAAAACAAUAGUAGAACAAAUAGCAGCUUUAGUGGUAUUGCCAAAUAAAAUUGUUAUACCAUUAAGUGAGGCAGUACCAGUUGAAUCAUUAAAAAUACCAGAACCUGAAGGUGUCUUAAGAAUUCAUGUAGUGGAAGCAAAACAUCUUAUGAAAAAGGAUAUAGGAGUAUUGGGUAAGGGUAAAUCUGAUCCAUAUGCCAUUAUAAAUGUUGGAGCACAAGAAUUUAGAACAAAAACUAUAGAUAAUACUGUGAAUCCAAAAUGGGAUUUCUGGUGUGAGUGUGCCGUGAUGUCAGCCAUCGCUCAACAAAUUACUGUGCUGCUGUGGGACUACGAUGAUACCAAGGGGGAUGAAAGUCUUGGAAGAGCUACUAUUGAAGUUAGUAGAGUGAAAAAGAAGGGAAAUAUUGACACAUGGGUCUCAUUGGAACAAGCAAAACAUGGCAUGGUUCAUUUACGAUUAACAUGGCUUAAAUUUUCAAAAAAUGUUGAUGAUUUGAAAACUGCUUUAAUUGAAACUCAAGAACUUAGGAUAACAUCAAUGAGUACAGCUCUUCUUAUACUCUAUGUUGACUCAGCAAAAAAUUUACCAUGUGUUCGAGGAAAUAAACAGCCUGAUGUUUAUCUUGAAGCAAGUGUUGGUGGAAAUACAAGAAGAACAGCUACUAUGUUACGUUCUUGUGAUCCAGUGUGGGAACAAGGGUUUACAUUUUUAGUUAGCAAUCCAGAAACUGGUAUUUUACAUAUAAAGAUCACAGAUGAAAAGACUGGUUUUAUAGUGGGAGAAAUGAGUUACAAUAUUUCUUUACUGUUAGUACAGAACAAUCUUGAGAUUGCACAACAGCCUUAUGAUUUGCAAAUGGCUGAAACUGAUAGCAAAUUAAUAUUAUCUAUGUCAUUAAAUAUUUUAAAAUACGAAGAACCUGAGCCUACUUCAGAAGAAGAUGAUGACGAUCAUGAUAUUAAUCAGCUGAAUAAAAGAAUCGAGCGUCAAGAAUCAAAUAUUAGCACAGUAUCGACUAGUCUUCCCCCCAGUCCAUUGAAAAGACAACCUUCAAAGGAAUCAGUUAAUAGUUUAACACGUAGUACUGGUUCAGGUACUGUAAUCGUACCUGAAGAACCAGGAACUGGAGAAGAGGAAUUAAUUAUCACUACUACUGCUCCAUCUUCUGUUACUGGAAGCCCACAGUUAAUUCAUAGAAAUCCAAAUAUGACAUCGUCCACAGGUGAAGCUAAACUAGGUCGGAUACAAUUGUCUUUACGUUAUAGCGUACAAAGACAGAAGCUUAUUAUCGUUGUACACAAAAUAGCUAAUCUACCUCUGCCUCAGAAUGAUCCGCAUAAUAUACCAGAUCCAUAUGUAAAACUAUAUCUUCUUCCUGACCGGCAUAAGGAAACCAAACGUAAAACAGCAGUUAUGAAGGAUAAUUGUAAUCCAGUAUUUGAUGAACAAUUUGAAUAUGUCAUUUCUCAAGGUGAUUUAAAUAGUCGUACUUUGGAAGUAUCUGUGUGUACUCAAAAGGGUUGGUAUUCAACUGGAAGUAAUAUAAUGGGUCAAGUUCAUUUUAAUUUGAGCGAAAUUGAUGUUACCAAAUCAUCUACAAGCUGGUACGAUUUACAACCAGAGACUAAAGACUAGAAGUUCAAGAAAAGCAACUGGAGAUUUGAACAGUUAUUUAUAUGUUUUCGAAGACAAUCUGUUGAAUUUCCACGAUGCGACUUUUCUAAACACCGAUGAUUUCAAUCAUAUGGUCAAAGCAAAUU